AUGCCACCACUUCUUCACCCGAAGUCGCGAAUGACGUCGUCGCUCUUCGCAACGACCGUCGCCGCUUGCUUUAUUGUCGUCACAAUCCCGCAUAUGCUUCCUUGUCCUGUGCCUCGAGCCCGAUUCGCCGAUGGAGAUAUCAUGGUUGACGAACAUGGCCGACGAUUGAGGUGGAAGAGAAAGGACACCAAUCCCAAGGUCGAAGAUGGAAUCGUCCAAUUCAACGAUAUGCCAACCGAGGAGGCCGAAAACGCACAGGACAGGGCCAAGAGGGAAUGUCCUUUACCGAAGCCGGGAGGUGUGCUAGGCGAAUGGCUGGGCUUUCAUAAGAACGAUAAUGAGGCGGGACGAUGA